GGAGGAGAAGACCCACCGACCCAGCCUCGGCUCCCGGCUCCCGGCGUCCGCCCGGCUCUCCUUCUCUCCUUGCGCGCAGCAGGUACUGCGGAUUGGGUUGGGGGGGGGGCGCAGCUCACCUCCACCAGCCCAGAAUCUCCGCGUUCUUUUUCAUUCCGGGAGGGGGAAUGAGUUUCUAUAGGGCCACCCAUUUUACGGAAAUCGGUCUCAGGGAGGAUUUUCGGGAAGGUGCGCGAAGGGGGUCGCCUGGGGAGAAUAGAUGGGAGGGGGCCUGGGAGCCGCCCUGAUCUUUGAGAGGGAGGGGGGCUGAGCGAGGACUUCCUUCCGUAUUUCUCUCCCCCACCCCCAGUCUUGCAGGACCCUCCCGGCAUUGUCUUCUUCCCGGCUGCCGAUGGGAGUCCCCCCCCCCGUCGAAGUGAGCGACGCCCCCAUCACUUCCCCACUGCAAAAUCUCUUGGGGAGCCGCUCCUGGCUAUGCCCUCCCCCGCCCCUCUUCUGCCAAUUAAUGCCCCUCCCGGGAAUGGCCAGAGAUAAGAGGGGGUCCAUUUCCGGCCACCGCCUCCCAUCUCCUCCGAGAGAAGCCCCUCCCCGCAGGGGGCCUGUGGCUUUGCCUGGGGAGGGGGCCCGUGGUUCGUCCUGUGGGGGGUGGGGGGCUCGCCCAGAGAUGCGCGGCGGCGGCGUGGAUCCCCAUUGAAUUCUCAGGUGCCCCCUCCCGCUCCGCUUUCUCUCUCCCCCCCUGCCGCCCCACUUCCAGGGGAGGGGUGGUGUUACAUUUCCUUUCUUCGUGCCUGCUAUUUAUAGGGCUGGGCAUGUGACUUGGGGAGGGGGGGCGUCAUCGGCACAGAUGGAGCCCAGAGGGGGGGCGAGGGAGGGAGGGAUGGGAGAUGGAGGGAGGGCGGCCAGGAAAGAUGAAGGAGGAGGAGGAGGAGGAGGAGGAGGAGGAGGAGCAGGGCCUCAUUGCUACCCCCCCUGCCUCUCCCCCCCCCCACGUCAGAUCUUUGGGGGGUGGGGAGGGCGAUCAGGGAUCUCUCUGCGUUGCUGCAAAGCUCCUUGCUCCCUCCCCGCCCCCCCCCGCGCCAUCUGCUUUAUAUGGAACUGGUUCAAUGCUGGGGAAUCGGGGGCGGGGGCGGAGUCUGGUGAGGUGAUCGUUUUAAUUGGCCCCCCUGGUUAAUUUCCAUUCCCGUCAGUCUUGGCAGUUCCUGAUUAAUCCCCGUGAAGAUCGAUGGGGAUUGAUUGUGGGGGGUUGGGGAGCGCGGCGCCAGAGGUCACGCCAAGGGUAUGGGGGGCGCAGCUUCCCCUCUCCCCACACGUCCUCCCCACACAUAUCUCUGCCCCAUCGCAGCGUAACCCCACAGGGUCAUCCGAUAGCCAGGGCGCACAAAAGGCGGCAGCUCUUCUUCAGAUAAACUGCGGAACUCCCUCCGGCAGGAAGCGACCUCGCUGGCUGCGAAAGAGGACCAGGCAAAUUCAGGGAAGAGGCUGCGUGUUUCCUGCUUCUCCCUCUGUUGCCGGAAUCAGAUAACGCAGCGAAAGUCUCUGCGCCAAGGCAGUUUCUAGGAAUCGCAAGGCGCUGGGGGGAGAGCGCCCUGAGGGGGCGGGUAGUUGGCCAUCCUGAGGACAGGAUGCCGCUGGGCCAGACGGGAGCCCUUUGGCCAGUCCAGCUGCGAAGCUCUAUUUACUUAUUUGUUCAUGGAAAGCAGGUCUCCUCCUAGACGCCUUUUGAGGACAGAGUGCCACAAAGGGGGUCCAUAGUUGUGGGUAGACACAUAUAAUCAAAGUGGGGCGUGUGGGGUGUUAGGCGAGAGAAAAGGCCUCUGCUGAGGGACAUCAUUCUGGGGGUAGUUUGUCCACCUUCGGUCCAUGAGACCAAGAAGGGGUCCAGCGGUCAAGAAGGCAGUUUCUGCACCUGCUGUGUAGGGAAGUGAGGGGCAAGUGGGCCUGAUCCACCUGGGAAGGGAGCCCAUGUAGGAGAAGGAAAACUCGGAUCCUCAACCUCCGCUGCCGUGUGGGAUAUCUUCGGGAGAAGAAACGACUAGGGAGUAAACCGUGCACAAAUCCACAGUGAUGGUUGGAAUGUUCCUUGUUCGCCUCCUAGCAGCUCCUGCGGCCAAAUCGGUGCCCAACGUCUUGCUCUGCUUUCCUUUGGACCACAACAAUGAGGCUGAGAGGGGGGUCUUGUCAUCUGGGCAGCCCAGGACCCCCAGACGCACGACACACGUUUUGCCCCAGAGAGGUCAUUUCAGGGCUGCUAAUGCAGCCGUUUGACUUCACCCCUGGAGGCAAACUCCAUUGUCUCUCGAGACAGACGGGUGCCAGCUGUCGAUGACGGUCAAAAUCCAAGCCCGUGUGUUGUGCCACUGAGGAGGGGGUGAGGGCUCAGUCCAGGCCAGGGUCAGCAAGAGAGGGGAGAUCUCUGUGUGGGUUCAGGACCACCAGCGGAGGCCAAACGGCCAAGUUGCCCUCAGAAGAUUCUGCAGAGAGAAUGGCUGAGUUUCAUAAGAGGCCUGGACAUUCAUUGCCUGGAGGGCCUGUCCCCCCCCCUUUAAAAAGUGUUGCCUCCUGGCAGUUGGAAGGCCAGGUCCACCUUUGGCAGCCAUUGUCUCCUUAGGGGCAAAGGGGUUCCCAGCUGUGGAGAUGCCACUCUCAGGGCUCACUCCAUCCCAUCGGCACAAAGGAGCCUCUGUGGACCAGCCGUGGAGGUGGAGGUGUCCCUGUGGGGCUCAGGGGAGAAGAGGUAGACAGGCUCCUCCUCAGGAACUGAAUUCGUUUGCUUAGCUUAUUAGUCACUGUGGGGCCAUCGCUGAGAAGGCCCUGCUGUGUGGCUGGCCUGUCCGCUGAAUCUCCUUCACUGGCGGGGGCACUUAAGCAGGCCUGUGAUGCAGCUCUCUGGGGGUGUGGUGGGGGCAGGCCUGCAUGGGUGCAAGUGCCCCUAUAAGUAGCCCAUUCCCAAAGCAGACAGCUUUGCCCCUGACGCCCAGAACUGCACAGAGGCCCCUCCUCUGUGUGCCCUUUGCAGGUGAGCAGAAAUUCUUCCUUCUUGCCGUGUGUCACAUGAUUCCUUCCAAGGCCAAGACCUGGCAAUGAACGCGGUUCUUUGCCUGGUGGCGUUGGAGAUGAGAGCAUGGGGGGGGGGGAGAACUUGAGAUCUCCCUCACGUGAAGCCCCUCCUGCUGCGGGAGCAAACGGAUCCCUCUGACCCACCUGCAGGGAGAUGGAAAAUAUGGGUCUUUCGAGUGUUUCCGCCUGGUUUUAUAUUCCAGGCCUCGUUUCUCCCGGGGCCUCUUUCGUCUCCCAGCUGAAGGGGCCUCGAGUUCCGCAGCAUGGAAUAUUCAUGAUCAGUUGCUGAGGAAACGCGAUCCCGGCGUCUCAGGUGCGAGUCCUUACCUGGGUCAAGGGCUUCCAGAGCUCAGGUCCUGCAAGCCAAGGCUGAGCUUGGGUUUCCAGUGUCCCUUGUGGUCACAGGGUGUGUGUCUGUCCUUGCCACAACCCCACAAAAUCAGCCCCUCUUCUGCUUGCUGAGGUCCUGGUGUCUUCCUCCUUGACCUCUUCACUCACCACCCCCCUGCCAGCCCCAGAGGUCACAAUUUGCAGAGACAGCGAAGCUGCAGUUCCUAUUAGAACGACGAAUUGUAAAGCUGGAAGGGUCUAUGACAGGUGGCACCCCCAACCUCUCUGCUGCCAAACCUCCAAGGAAGGAGAGUCCACCAUCUUCUGAGGGAGUUCCUUCGACAGUCAGACGGUUCUUACCAUCAGAAAGUUCUUCCUGAUGUUUAGUUGGAAUCUCCCUUCUUAUAGUUUGAACCCCUUGGUUCAGGGGUUCCUGAAGCAGCAGGAGACAAGCUUGCUCCAUCUUCCACGAGAAAGGCCUUCAGAUGUUUGAGCAUGGCUCUCAUAUCACCUCUUAGUCUUCUCUUCUCCAGCCUAAACAGACCCAACUCCCUCAACCGUUCCUCUUCAGGCUUGGGAGAUUCUCUGAGUUCCUCUGGCAGAGAGAGGAUGGUGUCUGUCAGUAAGGGAAGUCAUAGUGCUGCUCUCUUCUGCCUCGGUCAGACCCCACCUGGAGUCUUGUGUCUGGUUCUGGGCACCCCAGUUGAAGGAUGUUGACAAGCUGGAAGGAGCGCAGAAAAGGGCAAGCAAGACGACGAAAGGCCUGGAAACCAAGCUUUGUGAGGAAUGGUUGAAGGAGCUGGGGAUGUUUAACUUGGAGAAGAGAAGAUGGAGAGUGUGGGAUGUGAAACACAAGAGCAGUCAAGUACAACGUUCCUAGAGAGAACAUGUUUACACAUGGGGAGGAAUGUUUGUCCCACCAGCAGGUAAACUUCCUGUUUCCUCCUGGGCUGGGACAGACUUCCUCUGCAUGUGACUAGAGGUGGGCAUGACCUCACCUGUGCAGGUAAUGACAAAAGCACAGGGCAGGGCAGCCAUACAUGCAUCGAAGAAGCAACAUCUGCUUAGCCAAAGAUGCCCUUUUGGCUUCCAGCCAAGAGAGGACAAAGGGACUGUCUCCUUAUGAGAUAUAGAUCCUCUUGUGAACAGAAUGAUGUGUGAGUAACCCUUUUUUAUACUUUUGUAGAAGACUGUGUCAUGUCUUAUCUUUUAUGAGGGAAUAAGGGGAAAAUACCAUAAUAGUUAUUAUAGAGGCUUUAGCGAGCCUGAGCAAACGCAUCCGCUGCGAGUUUAAAAAGGGGAAUGUUACUCUGCUAAAAUGCGAACUUGUUAACGCAAGUUGGAAAGGCUAUAAUCAGAGAAUAUAUCCUCUCCUGCAUCCCUGAACAUUCCCACAGAGAGGUCAUCUGAAGGGAUGGCACAUGGGAAAAGGAGCCAGCUUGCUUUCUCCUGCUCUGGACUGUAGGACUCAAAUCCAUGGCUUCAAGUUACAAGAAAGGUGAUUCUGACUCAACAUCUGGAAGAACUUGGAAGACAUUAAGAGCCGUUUUGACAGUGGAACGGUCUCCCCUGGAAGGUGGUGGGCUCUCCUUCCCUGGAGGUUUUUAAGCAGAGGUUGGAGGGCCACCUGGGAGGGAUUCUUUGGUGAGGAUUUCUGCAUUGUGGGGGGGGGGGUUGGACUGGAUGACCCUUGGGGUGUCCCAACUGUACAAUCAACUAUAUGAGGGGAUUGGGAGCUUACAUGCCCCCAAGGCAUCAUCCCAUGGCAGAGUGGUGAAAUUGUGCGUGUGUGCGUGUGAGAGAGAGAGAGAUUGGUCUUAUGGAAGCACAGACCUUUUUUGUGUUUUUAAAGUCAGCUAGGAACACCCGUUUGUUCCCCAACCCGCUCACCCCAAGCCCGACUGAAUCAAAAUCCCUUCCCUCAUUGUCCUGAUUUUGUCUCCAAAGCGCCUGGGUUGAGGCCAGAGGCUGCCAGAGCCAGGAGCACCGCCACCACCACCAGUACAACCAGUACCACCCGUUCCCCACCAGUGAGAGCGUCCCUGGGAGCAGAUCAGCCAAGUAACAACGACCCGUAAAGCAGAGGUUUCCUUUGUUUUUGUUUCCAUCUGGUGUCGAACUUCUCACAAGUGCCUGUAGCGGCGGCGGGAACAGGGGGUUCAAGGCACAGCGGCUGACUCUGGGAGGGGGGGCUGUGGGGAAGGGCAGGGGGGCCAGUUCUGGAUUUGGGGGGAGGGACAGCGAACAGCAGUAGGGCCACAUCAAUGGGGCUUUUUCUGCAAGAGUCAGGAUUGUAACUUGCUGUGCCUUCAAGAAGAGGCUCCCCUGUGGGGGGGAGGCAUUUCCCCUGACUGCAUGUUUUGCUUCCUAAUAACAUACCUGGGGGGCAAACUGUCUAGUUGUAAGCCCCUUCUGGGAAAAGGGAAGCCUGGGGGCACCCCACUUUCUUAAUGCACAACAUGGAAUGGAACCACCCCCCGACAGUUAUCAUGGAUUUGGCCCACUGGGCACCUUCAUUUUUGAGGUGCCAGUGGCGAAAUGGGUGGUUUGAUAGGACUCAGGUACUGUCUGGAAUAAAUGGGGUGGGGGACCCUCACCUAAGUGCAGGAGCUCCGACUUGGUCCCCAGGUUAUGGGGAUCAUGAUGUCAUACGCCCCACAGCCUCAGAACCCGGCUUCGGGUGGCACCAAAGUUUUGUGGGUGCGCUAUAGUUGGCACCCUCUUCCUAAGCACUUCUUUGAUGGGGGGCUGGAGGGCUCUGAAGGCAUUUUUCAAUUUCUCGUAAGUUCCCACGCUUGGCAAAUGUGGGGUGGGGUUGGGGGAGCAAGUUCCUAAGCUGCAGCUGACAACACACCUACUUCUGAGUAAACCCACUGGAGUUAAGCAAGGGGGGUUGGGCUGUGGCCGGGACACGAUAGGAUAGGAGCUGUUUGUUCCCUUGACUUAAUACUGAUUCCACCAGAAAAUUGGGGUGCAGACCAGGCUUUUCCUGGAUGAGAAAAGGCUCCCCCGAUUUUUUCCUGUGGAUCGAUGCUCAUUUUGUGGUGGAACAAGGGCUGGGGCCAUUGCUUCAACUCCCAAAACAAGGGGGAAGGCUGCCUAAAUCAACAAGCUGGGCCUUUUCUCCUUCCCACACCCACUCAGGACAGUCCGAAAACUCACUCUGCCCACCCACCUCUGGGCUCUGCAGCCUUCGCCCCCUUUCAGAUAACACAGAACCCUUCAGAUUACGACAUUCUCGCUUCCUCUGGUCUGGCUGCAGUUACAGCUGCCCACUUAACCAGCCGGUGUGUGAGAACAUUAGGAGAUUCAGGGCGGGGAAAAGGUUCAGGCAGCACGUAGCUGAACUAUAUUUCGGCAUAGCUGACAAGUCAACAGAAGAGAAAGUGUUGUCAUUUAGAACUUGUGGCUCCCAGUAAGUUUCUGAGCAUAAUUCAAAGGGUUGGUGCUGACCUUGAAAGCCCUAAACGGCCUCAAAGGCCCAGAAUACCUGAAGGAGCGUCUCCACCCCCAUCGUUCUGCCCGGACACUGAGGUUCAGCUCCGAGGGCCUUCUGGCAGUUCCCUCAUUGCGAGAAGUGAGGUUACAGGGAACCAGGCAGAGGGCCUUCUCGGUGGUGGCACCCACCCUGUGGAACGCCCUCCCACCAGAUGUCAAAGAGAACAACAACUACCAGACUUUUAGAAGACAUCUGAAGGCAGCCCUGUUCAGGGAAGCUUUUAAUGUUUAAUAGGUUAUUGUAUUUUAGUGUUUUGUUGGAAGCCGCCCAGAGUGGCCUGGGAAACCCAGCCAGAUGGGCGGGGUAUAAAUAAUAAUUUAUUAUUAUUAUUGUGGAUGUCCAAUGUUGGAUGAUUCAGGACAGAGAAAAGCAAGCCCUUCUCCAUGCAACUGCGGAACUCCCUGCCACAAGAGGCAAUGGGCACCACCAACUUGGAUGGCUGCGAAAGAGGAGGAAGCAAAUUUACAGAGGAGGAAAGGUCUGUUUCCUCUCUCCACAGUCGGAGGCGGCAAAUGAUUCUGAAUACCAGUGGCUGAAACCCACCUUGGGAGGGGCGGAGAGUGCGGCUCUUGCACUCGGGUCCUGGCUUGGGGGCUUUCCAGUUGAGGCACCGAGUUGUCCCCUGUGAGGGCAGGAUGCGGCCGCUUUGGGCCUGAUCCAGCAGGUUGUGCCCCCGGGUACCCUUCCCCGCCUCUCCCUGGGGGUGGGAAGCUUGCAGGAACACAGAGAGGCUAGUUCUCCACUGGUUAGAUCAGGAGAGUGGCCCCCAGGUUAUGGGGGGGGGCUCCAUGUGGGACACAGGCUCAGCACACCUGAUUUGGGGAGGGUUUUCUGUUGUGACACUUCAGGUAAAAUGGACCUUGUUGCCCUGGUGGAGCUUCCAGGGUUACCUGGAUUUUUCACCUGACGGGACAAUUGGCAGGGAGAGUUUGUGGGGAGGGUGAGAAGGACCAGGAAGAGCACAUCUCCAUAUCCAAGCUGAGUCCUGUUCACACGGUUUGAGUCUCGUUAUUCUGCACAGAGUUGGAAAAUCAGAAACAUGUGAUGUCCCAUCUUAGUUUCCCCAGUAAUCCCAGUUUCUGGAGUGGGUGGGUGUCAAUGGAUGAACAUUAUACCUCCGUGAAGAGACCUUACCUUUGCUGACCUCACCUUUCGGAAAAACACACUUCCCCCCCUUUCCUUUUACUUUUUUCUUUUGCCUUGAAACGUUUGUUUUUCCUGCAAACACGAUUUGGAUGAAGCGGCAACAGCGAAGGGUUUGGCUUUGACACACCGGCCUUAAGGAACAAAGGCAGCCCAUAAUAAGACGUCUGCUUGUUUGUAUUUUGUAUGCACCCUAAAAAACAUUCCGGUCCGGAAUGGCAUCUUAAGGUGUGGCUCUGUCGAGGGGGGGAAACGCGUCAGAGCCAUAGAGAGGAACUGUAAACAAGAUUUUUUUUGGGUGGGUGGGGAGGAAUCAUACUCUAGAAGCUAACCCUCCCCAUCACCUCCAAAAACCCUGUGAACAAUAAAUAUUUUUGCAGUGUGUCUGUGUGUCUGUGUGUGUGAGAGACAGACAGACCAACUGACCCCAGGCAGUGGUGGGCAGAAGCCCAGAGCCUGGGAUGUGUGCAGUGCUAAACAUGGCCUGCCCCACAUUCCCCUCUUCUUGAUCUCCCAAGGGGGGAGAUUCAGAACGGAUACCAGGAAGAUUCCUCACGCAGCACUAAUUAGACUGUGGAACUCCCUCCCACAAGAGCCACCAACUUGGAAAGAGGAUCGGACAAAUUCACGGAGGAGGAGAAGAAGCCCAUCAUGGGCUCCUGGCCUCAACGGUCUGUCUCCCCGAUCAGAGGCAGCAAAUGCCAGUCUCUGGAGAGGGGCGAGCUCAGCUCUCGCACUCGGAUCCCAUUACAGGCACCCAAGAGAACAGGAGGCUGGAAAGUUCCUGCCUCACAGGAAUUGCACUAGACGACCAUCGGGGUCCCUUCCGAAUCUUCCAAUUCUAGAUGGGCCGUUCGCCUGAUCCGGCAAGGAUCACAGAACUGUGGAGGUGGAAGGGACCCGAGGGUCAUCUAUCCCAACCCCCUCCAGGGCAGGGACCGCACCUAAAUGCCCCACUGCCAGGCCGGUCCCUUUUGGAUUUGGGACCUGUGGGUUUCGGUGGGCGGGGGCCACGUCUCCCCCUCCCUCCCCAGGCAGCGAAGCGCCUGGAGUGCUGCCCCCUUCCUUGCCCUUCUGUGUCUGUCUAACCGGCUUGUUUUCAGAGGCCCCUGGCGCUUGGGGACCCCCGGCCAGCGCAGAGACCCCCCCCAGGGUGGUUUUCAUGGAGGUUUAUCUCCCUGCAGCCGCACAAGUCUGUAGCCUCGCGUGUAGACAUGAAGCUGGAGAGACCCAGUGCCGACUCGCAGCUGGAGUUUGUGGUGGCCACCGAGAAGGAGUUUGAGGAGAUCCUGGCCAUGUCGAAGGGCAUCUACGGGGGGCUGGACUACCUCCCCAGCCGCUACCAUGCCUGGAUCCGGGAGCCCAACCGCACCGUCGUGCUGGCCAAGAAGAACGGAGCUGUGGUGAGAGCGGUGGGGGGGGCCGGGCGGGCCAGAUGCAUCCUCUCCCCCCUCCCCGGGCCCCCACGGUGGUCCCUGGGAGGCUGGGGGGAGAGGACCUCUGCCACCUGGGGGGCUGAAAUGGGUGGGGGGGGUCGUCUUGGUGGGUGCUGCUAUGGAGCAACUCGGACUAAGUCGCUGCCUGACAGGAUCCUUGCAUUGCAGCGGGUUGGGCUGGAUGACCACAUGGGGUCCCUUGCAACUCUUAUGGUUCUAGCCUUACUGUUGUUGGGUUCCUGCAUGGGAAAUAGGAACGGCAGUAAGCAGAAGCAAAACCCCUCAGAGCCUGCAAAUGAAAUUUAGCUGCGGCUCCUUGCAGGGAGGGUUGAGCAAGAUGACCUUUGGGGGUCCCUUCCAAUUCUACAGUUCCCACGAUUCAUUGCAGGUUUUUAAGGAGAGGCCAGGUGCUUCAGUUGUGAUUCCUGCGUCUCCAGGGUUGGGCUGGAUGACCUUUAGGGGUCCCUCUCUAUGAUUCUGCAAAGGAAAAAAAGGGAAAAGGUGAUCUAUAACCACAAAACCACCAUGGAGGUGAUUCAAAUGAUAUAGUAUCUCUGGAAGGCUAGGGAUCAAUAGGAAAAGAGCCACUGCGCAACCACAUUUGAAAUAAUAGGAUGUGCCGCUCUGGAUGCCUCACCCCAAAAUGGAUAUCGCAGAGUUGGAGAAAGAAGAGAGCAGCCAAAGCGAUCGAGGAAGAUGAGCGACUCCCCUGUACAGGGAAGGUUGCUGCGUUUGGGACUUUAGAGAGCAGGUGAAAUUAUGCAGAGCGAGGAGAAAGGGGAGCGAAAAAGGCUUUCCUCCCUCUCUCCUAACGCAGGAACUCGUGAUCACGCAGGGGAUCUGGUGCUGGCGAUUCAGGGCAGAGAGAAGGAAGCUGCUUUUCAUACAGGACACAGAUAAACGAUGGCUGCCAACUCGGAUGGCUUUAAAAGAGGACUGGAGAAAUUCAUGCCUAGGCAUCUGGAUCCCAGCUGCUGGAAUCUGCAAGAGGGCAUUCGGAACUUGGGUUCGAAUCCUGAUUGUGGGUUUCCUUUUGGGGCACCUGUUUGGCCCCCGGAUGCUGGACUAGUUGGGCCCCCACUGGCCUGAUCCAGCUUCCUCAGGGGUCUCCUGGCCUCCUUACGCUUGGGGGAGGCAAACUGCAUUUCCACGGCCCCGAUCCAGGCAUCUCUUCCGAGGAAGCGCUUGCUCCCGCGAUCUUCCGUGCCUUUUGCUCCAUAGCAGGGUCCUGAGCAGCCCGAGACCUCCUGGCGCCCCCUCCCACUUCUGUGUCCCUGGUGCCAGCUUCAGGGGGGGCAGAGAAAAGGGGUCCUUUGUGGCCCACCCCCCAGAUCGCACUCUUCUCACACGUUGGGUUUGGGGUGGGGAAAUUGGGGGAGCCUGGAGCUUAUGGGUAAGUCUGUCGCACACGCGUGUGUAACGCCGGCACCGCAACUGGACGUGGCUUUCACACUCCCCCCCUCCUCGUCCGGGGGGGGGGUUUCCAGGAAAGGGGGGGGAAGCGGCUGAGAAAGGGAGCCAAACUCCAUUCAAAAUCUGCCGCCAGCCUAUUCUGCCAAUUUAAGCGGGAGCCUAAAUGCUACAGGAUGGAUGCGAUUGGAGCCCCCUAGCCUUAAUUGCAUUUGGUAAGGGCAAUGUGUGUGGGGGAGCACACCCCCUCCAAAUUAUGGGAUGUUUCCCAAAAUCUGCAAAUCUCAAACACCUACAGGUCAUCCUGCACGAAAUCUUAGUCUGGACUGUUUGGGGGAGAGCUGCAGGCUUAUAGCCUUUCUCUCUGUGGGCCGUUAGAUGGUCCAAUUAUUAUUAUUAUUAUUAUUAUUAUUAUUAUUAUUAGGUCCUGAGGAGGCUGUAUCCCUCCAAAGCAAGGGUUGGGCAUUAAAGCCCUCGCUUGCUGGGGUCACCUGCGGAUGGAAAGAGGUUGGCACGCCUUCCAUCGCCCCUCCCUCAGCCCAAACCCACAGGCCCGCUUAACGGUGACUCCUGGGCUGGGCUAGAUGACCUUGGGGAACGCCUCCCAACUGCAAUUCUUCCAGUUCCGGUGCCUGGGCGUUCCUCACCCUCUUUCUCUCUCUCUCUCUUUCUCUCUCUCCCGUCUACUGAUGAUUUAAUGGGAUUCUGUUUCCAGCUUCAUUCUGGACUUUUCCUUUCUCUCUCUCUCUCUGCCUCCCUAUCUCUUUCUCUCUCUCUUUCUCUCUCUCUCUCUCUAUUAUUUUUUUAAAUAAUUUUUUUUUAAAAGAAAAAAAAGCAAUGGAUAAAAACCGAAUGAUUUUCGCUGGAUUUUAUUCACGUAGGUGUGUGGGGGAUCAGGCCCCCCGUCCAGGAAGGUGGCGGGGCUCCCUCGGAGGAAGCGUGGAGGGGCUGCUGCGGCGCGGAUCCUAAAUCCUUACAGUUCGGCCUCAGGACCCAAGUUUCCAAAAUAAAUGUCUCCCUCUUUCUGUGUCUCUGCUCUUGAGACCCCCGUAGCGUAAAGGGCCCCGUCCAAUGGUACUAGUAUGAUCAGCUUACUCUGUGAUCUUCCCUAUAUAUGAAUAUAUAUCUCUAUAUAUAAACCCCUCUAUAUGCCUGUAUAUUUUUGUUGUUGUUCUCUUUUCAUGUAAUUGCUUAAAAAUGUGUGCCAACGCUUGGCAUUUGAACAGCGGUCUCCCCCCACCCCAGACCUCUCUCUCUGCCUCCCUCCUUGCCCAACCCCCCUCUAGCCCAACCCCACCUGCCCUCCUCCCUCACCUAACUUUGUUUAAUUAACGCCACCAUUUUUUUCCAAUUACAGAUUUUUUCAAGAUUGUAGGUGACUUGGUGCAGCGCACUAAGGGUUAAACUCUCUGCUCUCUCCCCUUCCCCCUCCUCCUCCCCCCCACCGUAUAUCUCCCCCUCCCCAUCCCUCCCAUUUCCUCCCCCCAACCCAACAACCAGAUUGGGCUCCAGUCGGUCUACAUCAUUGACGCCGGGGAGACGGCUCUGGUGGAGGGUCUCCGGGUGGCCCCCUGGGAGCGAGGGAAAGGGGUGGCCGGAGUCCUCCAGCGCUUCUGCUCAGAGAUGGUCAAGGAGAAGCACCCCGAGGUCAAGGUGUCGCGCUUGACCCGGGACGACAAGCUGGGACCCAAAGACUUCAAGAAGUACCGUGUCAUUGCCAAGCAGGUGAGGGAGCCGCGUGGACAGAGGUACGCCGUCCCCGGGACAGAGCACAGGGAGGGAGGGAGGAACUCUGCGCAUGCACAGAGUCACUGGGGAUCAAGCCUGGCUGGCAGGGCAGCUCCCAGGGCUUGGACUGGGUGACCCAAUGCAGUGUUACCUCGGGUUACAGACGCUUAAGGUUACAGAUGCUUCAGGUUACAGACUCUGCUGACCCAGAAAUAGUGCUUCAGGUUAAGAACUUUGCUUCAGGAUGAGAACAGAAAUCGUGCUCCAGCGGCAUGGCGGCAGCAGGAGGCCCCAUUAGCUAAAGUGGUGCUUCAGGUUAAGAACAGUUUCAGGUUAAGUACAGACCUCCGGAACAAAGUACAUUUGUUCCACUGGUACCACUGUACUAAGAGAUCACAGAAUUGUAAAGUUGUGAUUGUAGGGAUGUGAAUAGAUGCUGAGAGCGCGUUAGAGAUUAUCUUUCCUUCCUUGUGAGUUCAGCAGAGAGCAUCCCUUUGCAGCUUAGAGAGGCAAGUUUUAAGCCAGGGGUCAGAAAACCUUUUUGGCAGGGGGCUGGUCCACUGUCCCUCAGACCUUGUGGGGGGCCGGACUAUAUUUUUUUAGGGGGGAUGGAUGAAUUCCUAUGCCCCACAAAUAACCCAGAGAUGCAUUUUAAAUAAAAGGACACCUUCUACUCAUGUAAAAAUGCGCAGAUUCCUGGACCACCCGCAGGCCAGAUUUAGAAGGCGAUUGGGCCCUGAUCCAGCCCCUGGGCCUUAGGUUGCCUACCCAUGUUUUAGGCUUUCGGUUUAAGCGAUCCUGGAUUGCUUUAAGGCGGACUGGUUUUUCUUGGUAUUUGCCCCUUUUCUCCCCUUAAAAUAAUAUUGCACACAAACAAUCUUGUAAAAAGAGCAUUUACAGUCGUACCUUGGUUCUUAAACGCCUUGGUACUCAUCUGUUUUGGCUCCUGAACGCCGCAAACCUGGAAGUGAGUAUUCCAGUUUCCAAACUUUUCUUGGAAGCCAAAUGUACGAUGCGUCUUCCAUGGCUUCCAAUUUAGUGCAAGAAGCUCCUGCAAAAAAAUGGAAGCCAUACCUUGGUUUUCGAACAUUUUCCAGAUGUUCGAAUGGAUUCCGUUCAAGAAGCAAGGUACGACUGUACUCUUGUUGAAGAGUAAAUGAUACAGCAGCUUUGUUCAGGCCGGCUUAAAAUGCUAAUUCAGUUUCCAAGACAUCCUUCAGUCCAGCUUAAAGCGAUGUCUGAGCUCUGGAGCUCAGACAUGCAGAUGUUCUCAAGUUGUUGACUUGUUGGGAAGAGAGAAGAAAGAGGAUAUGCCCAGGCAGGUGGGAGAAGAUACCUGGCUUUGCCCCCCACCCUGUCAGGGCACAGAGGGGGUGUCCCUCACAGAGUCCUCUCUACCAAACCUACAGGAAAACUCUGUGAGCUUCAGCGUCCACCAUGUGCCUAUCUAGCAAACCUGAAUCACUGGUUUGACUGCAUUGCAUUGUGUCCUUUCCUACUGCAUCAAGGUGUGGUGUGCUGGUUUGACAUCAACUAAUAGGAAGUGCCUACAGAGGGUGGUGAAUACAGCACAAUAUAUUAUGGGCUGUCCUGUGAAUCCGCUGGUUGACAUCGCGGAAGAACGUUGCCUCAGGAGAGUGAGGAAAACCCUCAGGGACGAUUCACACCCUGGCCGGCACUUUAAUGAUCUCCUGCCCUCGGGCAGAAGAUACAGAAGCAGGAUUAGCUGCGCCAACAGGGUAAAGAACAGCUUCUAUCCGUGGGCUGUUAGGCUGCUGAAUGAAAAGAGAACAACAGGGCAACUGACUUUUGGGUUUGGUGGGUGGGUGUCAGUAAACGAGGGGAAUUAAGACUAAGAGAGCUGAGUGUGGGGGUGCUUAUGUAAUCUCACUGUAUACAAGUUGUAAAAGUGACAAUCAAGUAUUUCAAUACCACACAGGAAGGGAACCCCAGGAUCAUCUAGUCUAACCCCCUGCAAUGCAGAAAUGUGCAGCUGGCCAAUAUGGGGAUUGAACCCACAGCCUGGGCAUUAUUGGCACCAGGCUCUAACCCACACAGCUAUCCUGCAGUUCUAUGACUCCAGGGGCCCGUCCCAGAGUGGAGCGAGGAGUGGUGCUUUCUGAAGAGGCUGAGGCAGCCUUCUGGGUCUUUGAACCUGUGUCAAAUAGGUUCUGGGGUGCAGCUGCCGGCUGCCCCCCAUCCCAAGUGGGGGACUCUGGGCUUUCAAAUUUCAGUGGUGCCAAAAUUUGGCACAUCUUGCCUUCCAUCGCGAGAGCCCUUUGUUGUGGCAGCCUCUCAGCUUAAGAACCCGGUUUGGGCAAACCAGCCGUGCCCCCUCUUCCCAUGCGUGUUUCAGGACUGAGGUCAGGCCCCAAGUGGGUGGGGUGGGGGGACUGCAAGGAGAGAGCUGUGGGGUGGGGCUGUCUCUGUCUCUGCAGGUAGAGCUGCCUUCAGUUGGCCUAUGGUCCUGGGUUGCUUGUGGUCAGAUCCCGAGAAAGAACUCUCUGAUUCCAUCUCAGGACCUUUCCAGGUGAGGAGACUGCCUUCUCCUCCAUCACAACGUGGUGGAACUUCUUCUCCUUCUCCUGCUCUGAAUUCUCCUCCUCCUCCUCCUCCCCUUCCUCUUCCUUCCUCUCCCCAGGGGAUCCUGCUGGUGCGCUUCGAUGCCCAAGAGCUCCUCUCCCGCCUUGACGCUGUGGUGCUGGCGCUGGCUGAGGGCGGCUUCUGCCCAGAGCCGUCCGAGCUCCUCCUGGAGAGCGAGGUCCCCGAAGUGAUCCUGCAGGAGUCCUUCCAGAGGGAGGUUCUGCCCAACCAGACCAUCAUCCAAGACUGGCAACCCUUCAAGGCCACCGCCAGCAACCUGGGCCUGCUGAUGAAGAAGGACCUCUGCUGGGUGGUCGACCAGAAGGCCCGCCCCACCGUGGCCACCCUCAGCACCCGGCCCUUCCCCAUCCCGCUGGGAGAGGACUGGUUCUACCUCAACAUCGACGCCUUCGGGCGCGACCUGGCGCACGUCAAGAGCCAGCUGCUACACCACCUGCGCCUCCAGGUGCCGGCCGCCCAGCAGGGGAAGGUCAUGUGUCAGCUCUUCCUGGAGCCGGCCCUGUGGUUAGACAUGGCCACCUUCUGCCAAUCGGCCCUGGGCCUCGAGCUGGCCAAGGACUACACCGAACAGUACCUGCUGGAGUCCGACAUCUGA